AGAUCUUGCAGGUGAAGUGUGAUCCCGCGUGACCACAACCUUUUUUUUCUGGUGACCGCAUAGCAAGAGUGAAAGCUCGCAGAGUAUUAUCCUACUACUAAAUAUCGUUUGCUAAGUAAAGAACCCUCCGCUAGAGCAGCAGCCUUCGACUUCCCGGUGAGGCAGUGCCUUAUAAAUUCGAUCAAACACUUGGAAGCUGCUAGCGGUGCAUCGUUAUUUUAAUCUUUUCGAUCUGUGUGCCCUCCGUGCCGGCGCUCCCGAGCAUCUAUUCAUUAUUUAAUUCCUGUAGUACUGAUUUUAUCGUUACGAUUUGGGCGCGCGCGCGUGUGUGCUCCCCAGAGUGAUCGAGAUUGUUUUCGGAAAGCCUUCUUUUGCAGAAGAAAAAAGUAGCCACAAAUCGCGUACCGCUAGCGUCAUUAGAACAAAAUCAUUUUAAACUGUUGCCAAGAUCAAAGUCCUUCCCCAGUUUCGCUGUGCAUUAGAAUUCCUUCGAAAGUAGAUUCGCCCCAAGUGCGUUGACCCCCCUUUCGUGGACCCGAAAAAGAAGCAAAGUGCCCGUGUGUAUGUUGUGUGCGUAUCUGUCGAGUGCACUGAAGUUGGUUUUGCGUUGAUAUCGGAAGGAGUGAAGGCAAGGGAGUCCCUAAAAAGGGCAAGGUGGUAGAGAGAAAGAGAAAGGAAGGCAAAAGGGCUUUACUGCAGAGUGCAGAAUCCAAUAUUUGCUACAAUCCCCGGCACGGGAGGAUCUCGAGGUUCGCAGGUCAACACACAGGUAUGAUGAAGUUCGUUACCUCGGACAGCACGACGGAUUUGUCGUUGCGACAUGGAGAACAAUACGAAAAUUGUUCGGAGCAGCUGCUCAUCGAGUCGGAUACGACACCACUGGCAGCACUGGAUCCGGCCAUUCUGAGCUGCGGCCUGCCGGCCAUCGUCCUCGACUCCCAGGGCUCAAUGAGAACAGCGGUAGCCAUCAUUCGGUAUACGUUCGCGCAGUUGCUGGCCUUCAGAAAGAGUCCGUUCUCCCAUCGACGCCCGGCCGCAAUGGACGACCCGCGGACGGUACAAUAUCCGAUAUGGCGUCGGACCGGGUUCGAACGGCAGCGCAGAGUGAGCGGCGGCGACGAGGAGCAGUAUCUGCUGUACGGUGGUGGUGGCUCCGGCCGCAAACCGAACGAUCAGCGUCAGCGUGACAAUGGCUUCAAUCCGCCAAGAUUCAGACGUAACCAUGAGUUCAGUAACCGGAACCACCAUGUGAUCGUGAAAAGUUAUAGUGCUGGUGAUGGCUACGGCCACAAUUUGCGCCUCCAGGACACCAUAAUCGAGGAAGAACCGGAAUGGGUUGCGGCCGGUCCAACUUCCCGGCUGGACACGAUUGAGCUGCGCGGAUUCGACGAAGAUCUGGCGCGAAAUGUGACGGAAUCGCUGAAGUCGUCCCCGCCGUCGGGUCACGGCAAGCGCAGUGGCGCAUUUUUCGACGAGUUGCUCCACUACGAGCAUGUCCAUCCGCAGAAGCAGGGCUCUGCUAAGGGUCAGCACGAUACCUCGAGUGGUGGCGAUGGCGAGAGCGUCGUUUCCACGUCGAACAACGGGUCACCUCCGCCGGCCCGGAGCACUCCGACGAAGCACGUGGCGGACACAAACAACAACUAUGCCGGUGGACGCAAAGGUGGACCAAUUUCGGACGGGGGGAAGGCUCCGGGGUGUUCGUCUUCCUCCGGCGUUAAUGUGUCGAACUUUGAGGAGUUUAUGAAAUUUGACUCCAUGCUGGGUGAUCUGGUCGAAGGAAAUGGAUCCCGCUUCAGUCAAUAUUUCCGCCGUGUUGGAUCUUCCAGUAGCGGUGCCGGUUCUGGUGGAAGUCAUAACCAUCACUCCCAGCAGCACCUCCAUCAGCCACACUCGCAACAACAUCACGUACGCUUCGCCCUGGAUCGGAACACCCAUCACUAUCAGCAUCCGCAGUCCCAUCGUCAGGCAGGUUCGGGCCGUUUGUCCCUGUCGGCCAUGCAGCAUCCUCCUGCGGGCAUAGAAGGACCACAUCAGCAGAACCCUCCGUCGUUCGAUGCCGGAUCAUCUUCGUCUGCUUCUUCAUCGGGCUCUGCAGCAUCAACCGCCGGAGAUGCAAAGUCGUUCCAACGUUUGCUCGAGAUGAUGGCCGUCCAGAAUCAUCGUAUGCAACAGCAACAGCAGCAGCACUAUCUACUGCAGCUCCUGCAAAAUAGCCAGCAAACGGAAGCCUUGCGUCAGGUGCUGAUGAAGAAAUGCUCGCUCGAUGGUGGAGCGGGUGGGCAGCAGCGUUUGCCUUCGCAGGCCGAACUCCAAUUGCACACACAAACCAUCAUGAAGCAGGCCCUCCUGCGCAAGAAGAUUGCUGAACAAAGCCGGCUGAUACUCGAGCAGGAACCGAUACCGGCCGUCCAGCAGCUAAUCCAAUCGAUCUGCCCGAAUGUUCAGCGCAGCAUUUCCGUUCUGGGAGCCAACUCCGGUCAGCAGCAGCAGCAGGUUGGGCGCAACUUUGGAGCAGACGGAAGGAACGGUAAUGCUCCGGGCAACAAUGGUUCGCUGUAUCGCAGCCAAGCGCGCCCUUCCUCCACCAACCGGCGCUAUUGAGAAGAAUGUAAUCCGGCCAUCUGAUGGAUAUCUAAUACAAGACCCCACCGCCACAAAAUUGGAAUAACUCUUCGCGUCACUCUGCUUCCUACAGUUAAUUUACUCGAAUUUUCAACCCUACCGAACCUUACGAAGAAUCAACUUCCUACACACAAGAUAUCAUCGAUAAAAUCUGUAAAGUGUUGCAUUCACAUUCGUAAGGAUUAGUUUUUAGUUCAUUUUUAUACAUAUUGCUGGAUACCGGCAGCCUUUCACCACCCAUCCUCCCCAGUGUGUGAUCCUUUGUUCUAUCUCUGAUUGUUUUGGGCAGGCACGAUAAGAAUUUGUUAAUAUUUGGACGAAAGAUAGAGUAAAGAGGACGACGAUCACUGCCUCUGGAAGGCGUCCAACGUUUGAGCGUUUGUGUUGGACGAGAGUGACAAGAAACAAUAGAAUGUUUCUGCAAAACCGAUUUAAAUCCACUCUUUUCUCCCUGCGAGAGGGAAAGACAACCGAUUUUCAUUCCCCCCCACAGCAAAGUCCGAUUACCGACUUAUCGCAUUUAAAACCGCAUUAGGUAACCGCAACCGCAUUUAAACCAACAAUAUUCUAACUCAGCGUCUGCCUGUGCUUGUCUGUCUAACGUUGAAUGUAUACUUUUGUGCAUUGUUUGAGAAUUAUUAUCAUUCGAUUUUAGUGCUGUUCAUAAUAUCUAACUUCAAACGAUCGAGGCUUGUUCACUAGUCUUGCAACAGAAGGGGAAAUGUUAAUCAAACACCCCAAAAACAUCUGGGAAAAUAUGUGCAAUCGGUUACAACUGUGUCCGGGGUCUGUUUGCCUCGUGCGAAGAACCACUUAUAGCAUUAAGAAUAUGUUUGUAACAACCGCCAAUCUUGUUAACACCAUGCACAUCCUUUCCAAAAUGUGCUCUUGCGCAGCCAACGAUUGUUAUUGUUUUUUUGAAUUUAUUGAUUUGUACUAUAUUAAGUCUAUGUUUAUACUAUAUCAUAAUUGCAACAAUCCAAACAUGAACAUCCGUUCACAUAUUCGAGCUACCGAGCUCCGCGCGUUCGAUGCACUCGAUCAUCUAGGUUUUUCAUCGGAGAAAGUUUGAAUAUGAACUGAUUUAUUGUUUAUUAUUUGUGCGACACACAGGUGGAUGGAUUUAUUUCUGGUUUUCAAUAAAAAUGAUUAUGUAUGUUACUUUUGAGAAGCAAAUAA